AUGUUCACCACACGCGCCGCUAAGCAAUUGCGCUCUCCCAUCCUUCGCCAGCUCGGCCGCCGCCAGCUCCACGGCGCCGGCCAGACUGGUUUCCAGGGCGCCGCCGACAACGCUUUCAACCGUGAGCGUGCUGCCGUCAAGGACCACGCUGCUGCCACCAGUGAUCUCUGGCGCAAGCUCUCCAUCUACAUCGUCAUCCCCUCGAUCAUCCUCGGUGGUGUCAAUGCCUACCGCCUGUGGCUCGAGCACUGGGAGCACCAGUCCCACAUGCCCCCAAAGUCCGAGCAGCCCGAGUACCCCUACCAGAACAUCCGCACCAAGAACUACUUCUGGGGCGACGGUGACAAGACCAUCUUCUGGAACGACAAGGUCAAUUACCACAAGAAGUCUGACGAGUAA